AUGCUCAGUGAACCGGAAUGUCGUGUGUUAUCGUCAGCGUUUGACACGAUGUUGAUGGACUUUGAUCCAAAGGAUGCUGUGAUUUUCUUAGAAAGCUCUGGCAUUCUCAAUGAACAUCUUGCAGAGAAAAUUGAGGCCAAGGCCACUCGAUUAGAAAGGUUAAGGGAAUUGCUGCGAAUAUAUAGACGAUAUGCGAGGGACUGUGAACCGUUAAUUUCUUAUUUCGAGUUCGCUGGACAAGAACAUAUCGCAAAGUCGUUAAGAAGGGAUUUGGAUCAUAUCCUGGAUGGGUGUAAUCAUCCCAACACUCCCUGCUUUCCACACCAUCUUCGACUUCGUAAACUUCUUGCUGGCGGCGUUCCGAGGGUAUGGCAACAUGUCAGAAGGGAACGUUUGAUGAAUAAUGUUGCAAACGUUCUGAGAGAACGAGCCGAUUUAGACUCGUUUUUCGUUGUACUACACGGCAUCGCCGGAUGUGGGAAGUCUUCACUGGCGGCCACCGUCCUCGCGGUGGUUCCUGACCUUUUAGGAAAUUGCUUCGAUUCGGUGAUUUGGCUUAGGGAUUCAAGCAAAGAACCGAACCAAGCUCGAUAUUUGUUUGCUGAUCUCCUACUCAUGUUAUGGGAUGAUUUCGCCAUCGACCCUCCAAAACUUGAAGAUAUUUCUUCUGUGUAUCUCCGCAAACAUAUCCAAGAAGCACUUAUCGAUAGACCUAAUGUCAUCAUCGUAUUAGAUGAUAUUGUCCAGAAGGAGACGGUUAUGUGGGCUAAUCAGCUAGGGCUUCGUGUACUGGCAACCACUCGUAACGCAAGUUUGUUCGCCAGUGCUUCAUGCUCUGUGGAUAUAAUUCCUGUUCCUGGUCUUACAAUUGCUGAAUCCACUGAAUUAUUCUCAGUUAACGAACCAAACCUUCAGGAAAAUGAUUCUUGUACCCAUACCGCGUUUUCUUCAGCAUUUUCUGUUUCUAGUGGGAAUGUUGCUUUGCUUGGUAUCCUUAAAAAGCUGGCUACAGGUCGCACAGAUCGUUUAUUAAUGUUCUGUCGACGUUUGGCUGAACGUGGACUGUCAUCAGUGGCAGCAACAACGUCGUAUGAAUUUGAUUCAAUGCACGCAGCGCUUACAGCGUCUCUUGAGUGUCUGCCUGCUUGCGAUCGUGAUACAUUAGCAUGUGCAGUGACAAUGCCUUCGGAGGAAGAUAUUCCGCUUCCGAUAUGGGCUUUGGUGGUACCUGUUGAUGUGACUAGCAGCGACGAAACUGAAUUUCUGAUGUUACUGUCCGAUAGGCUCAAUAGGCUGUGUGAUAAUGGUAACUGGUUGUCUCAUAAUUUCCAAAAUGACACAUUCCGUAUUAGUAGAAUGGUAGCGUUAUAUCUGCGAGAAACAGUGGAGACGGGAACAGUUAAGACUUUGAUUUCCAUACUGAAAUUUCGGUUAGAGCGAGAUGCCGUUGAUCCUCUUAUUAGGGAUUUCUUCUCUAAGCACGCCGUGAGGUUCCAUGCCACAUUGGGUGUCGCCUGCACCUUCGCUGUGGUCCAGCUGCUACUUGCUGGAUUGGUACGGCAGCGAGUACCGUUGUAUAAUCCACUAUCAUGGUUGACCAUUACCUACAUAAUAAUUUCCUACCAUCUAUCAUCCUUUAAGUGGAAUAAACUCUUUGGGUUGUACUUAUCCCGAAAAGUCCGUACUCUUUUCGACGAAAUGAAUAUCCUUGAGACGUGCCAACCUCGUGCCUGGACAAUGGGUCAUCUUUUUGAGCCAGAACCUCCUACUCCAUGUCCUGGGACCCAAAAUAAGGACACUGCCGAGAUGGACAAAUUCCGAACACUUCGGGAUGCGCACUACGCUAACGAAUUUACAUACGUGCAAAAAAUGGAGGCUGAGAGGAAAGCGAUGGAAGCAAGCGGACAGUCAAACCAGUCCGUUCCAGAGAAAGCUUCUGCUCCUAGUGCAACAGAGAUUAGGCGAAUCGAACUCAACGAUAAACCAGACGAGGAUCAGGAUUCUCUGCGAGAAAUUUGA